GACCCCCUUCAACAACCGCUACCUACUCCCCGUCUCAUCCAGCCAAGAGCUGACGGGCAGCCAUGUCUAUCCCCUCAUUCAGCUCAUUCCCACAGCGGAAUCCACCCAAACCUGCGGCGGCACCAUCACCUGCUUCGUCGUUCCCCGGUCGGACGAGUCUCAGUUUGGGGAAUGACGAAUCCUCGAUAGCGGUAGCAGGUCCUAGCUUCUCGUCAUUUCCUCGUCGGCCUAGCAAGCUUGAGGAUCCCGAAUCCGGACCUUCUCAUGAGAGCACUCAGGAAGGUGUCGUAAAAGCCCGCGCGGACUCGCGGUCCCGGCCGAAGGAGAAGGACAAGGAAAGAGACAGGGACAAGAAACGGCGGGUUAGGGAUCACUCUGACAAAGACAGAGUUUUAGACCGGGAUCUUGAACAUCGCCGCCAUCACAGGGACGGAAAUGAUGACAACGAAAUUGAGAACGUUGGGAAUCGAUACGAGUCUCGAAGCUCGAAAUCUAAAUCGAAGUCGGACGAAAAGAGCCGGAAACGCUCACGUUCACGUUCAAGAUCCCGGGACCGGCACCAUGACCGAUAUUCCCGUCAACGAGACAGAGACAAAGACCGAGAUCGCCAUUCAACUCAACCUGAUACACUCGAAUCCAAGCACGCCCCUACGCAAGGAGAGGACAAGCUCGCCCUGGAUCCGAAGGAAUUUUAUAUGGAUACGAAGGGGGACGAGGAUAUCCUUCGGUUCGGACCUCAGAGGGGGAUGAGGUAUAUCCCGGUUGGCCGAGGACGGAUAGUUGGGCUCUCUGAAGCUUAUAGGUUGGACCUACGGGAAGUCGGGGGUGGCAGGGGGGUACCAGUCUCGCUGAAGGCGGAUUCCACCGACGAGAUGUCUCGAGGAUCCCUCUUACUACCCAUAAAUGGUCCAUCACUCCGACUGAAGUAUUCGCGAAACGGGACUGACGGAUCGAAAGAGGUCGAUAUGCAGGAAGAUUUCAUCUCAGUGGGCAAGCCGAAACGAAAACCUCUCCCUGUUGAGCAGGCCAAGGACCGGGUCGAAGCGUAUUGGGAGGAAGAAGCAGGUCGACGGGACGAGAACGGAUCAUCGGAGAGUGAGAGAGAAGGAGAGCCUGAAGGGGAGGUGGAUAUGGAUGUCGAGCUGGAGGAGACCGAGGAAGAUCGGCGUCGACGCCGGAUCGUCGAUUUCGAACGCAGGUUGAAGGAACACCCUGAGGAUAUCGCCUCGUGGAUAGCCUAUUCUCAACUUCAUCUUUCCGGCUCUUCCUCAUCGUCUUGGACGAAAAACGAACGCAAGGACAAGAAGACCCGCCCCGAACAGGUCUCGACGAGCAAACGAGCCGAAGCCGAGAUCGCCACCGAGAUCCUAUCCAAAGCCUUCCGCGCAUCCGAGCAGAACAAGUCAGAUCCGCGCUUACAUUCGGCAUUCUUCAAGCUGGUCCAGCUCUUCUGGCCGGCCGAGAGGGUGACGGCGAGUUGGAAGGCCGUCCUAAGGGAAUUAACGGAGAGGAAGUGCCAGGGGGACGAAGCUGGGUUGAUGAGCCUCUGGCUGGAGUUUAUCGCCUGGAGGGAGGGCAGAGGAUUGGGUUCACAGAAAGGUCGGUCAGGGACUGGCGGGGUGGAUGACGUGAUCGAGGUCUAUGUCGAAUGUAUCGAGGUGAUGAACAGUGCCAGGGGAUCUGGCGGCGAUGACGACCGUUUCCUGGAGGAGAACCUGGUCUAUUUGUUGCUGCGAUGCUGUCUGCUCCUGAAACAUGCAGGAUAUAUCGAACGAGCAACUGCAGCGAUACAGGCCAUGCUAGAACUGUCGUUCUUCAAACCUGCUCACUUGCGGAGAUCGCUGUUUCAUGAUACGCGAGAAUGGCAAGGACGUUUGAUGCAAGACCUCGAAGCCUUUUGGGAUUCGGAGCACGCCCGGAUAGGAGAGACUUCGGCGGCGGGUUGGUCCGCAUGGAAGCGCGAUGAAGAGCCCGAUCUCGAAUCACUCGCGGCGGAUGGGACACAAGAGACGCCAUCACGCAGCGAGUCGACGGACCCGUAUGAACGUUGGUUUCAAGACGAGAUGAGCGCCGAAAAGCGACAAUCGCGACCGGCUCGGGCGCUAGAUCUGGCCGAAGACGAUGAAGAUCCUUAUCGGACGAUCUUGUUCUCCGAUAUCAAGCCGCUUCUAUUCGUCAUCCAGGAUCAGGACGUCAAGCUGCAGUUCGCUUUCGCAGCGAUGAACUUGCUAGGAGUACCGUUGGUACCGCCUGGAGUCGGUUCGGAUUCACCAUUUUUCACAGACCCACAUCUCAGCUGGUCAUUGGAUGUGCAACCUGGACAUCUCUGGCCGGCGGUCAUGUCUCGGGACCAUCAGCCAAUGAUCGAAGGCUCGCCAAGCGCUACCAGAUUGGGUCGAGGCGUCUUCGAUUGUCCUAUGAAAGCGUGGUCUGCGGAUCAGGAGACGGUCUGCAGUGACGUACAACCCUGGUUCAGUACGCUCGAUAAGGGUAUCACCACUCAGUGUGAUUUGACGCUUGUCGGCAACGUUCUCAGGCAAUUACAGACCGUGGUCCUGGAACCCGCAUUCAAGAUCGCAUACCUCGCUAUAGAAAGUCUGCGGAAUCGGAAGGGAGCUACAAAGGCUGCCAAGACUCUCAUUGCGUCCGAUCAACGGAAUCUGGAGCUCUACGCGAGUUACGCUAGAGUCCUGAGGCAACAGAACAAGAUCAAGGAGGCCCGACAAGUUUACGCGAUGUGCAUACAGACCAUGACGAGCAACGCAGAUGGAGCCGACGCGGACGUGCGGCACCAUUUACUGCUCGAAUGGGCUCAGAUGGAAUACUUGGCCGGAGAGAACCAGAAGAGUUUGAAUGUGUUGCUGCUAGUUUCAAACGAUUCCGAACAAGUCGAUCUUGAACAUCUAGACCGCGCCGCUCCAGCGGUUGCUAUACUGAAAGCCAGGAACGCAUUCGCACGGAUCGAUCCGGAUGACCAUAGUUGGAUCAAGCUGCGGUACCUGUUUCGUACACAGCAAGAGCCCUUUGACCGAGUCUUCCAGGACCUGCAGCUGGACGUACAAUUACUGCCUAGCAAUUCUCCUCAGCAGGAACAACUCGGUCAAUUCGCCUGUCAACUAGCUUGGACGCAUAGACUACAUCAUUACCUGGCCCCGACCGUGAUGCGACCGUUUCUUGAGGGUCUUAUCUCAGUCUACCCGAACAACACGCUUUUUCUAUCGCUCUACCUGGCCAACGAGUCGAGCAGUCAGGUGUAUGGACGGGUGCAUCGGAUGAUCGAGGAUUCGAUAUUGAACUCGUCCGAAUCGAGCGCGACUGCCUUUUUAUGGGCCGCGUGGGCCGAAUCCAGGUCGGGCAGGGGAGACUUUUGGUCGUCCUCCAGUGCUGCUGCUGAGCGCGUUCGACACGUCUUUGACAAGGCGCUCGAUGUCGCUGGGAACGCACGACGAUCGUUGGCCAUUUGGAAGGCCUACAUCGAGUUCGAGGCAAUGCAAAGACGAUCAGACGCUGCGAAACAGCUCUGUUACCGAGCUCUGGGGGAAAUCGGCACCGCCAAAGAACUAUACAUGCUUCCCUUUUCACCUAUCCUCCGACCCUACUUUUCAGAAAAGGAACUGCAAGAUUGGGCCGAAGUCAUGGUCGAGAAGGGUAUUCGUGUCAGACUCCCGUUCGAGCAAUACUGGCGGCCGGUCGGGAUGGGCGAUUAUUUCGACCGAGAUGAUGGAGGGGAUCCAAUGAAGGAGGAGGAUAGGGUGUUCGAUUUCCUGCAGGAGCGCAAGACGUUGAUGCCGUAUUGAGGCGCGCACACUUGCUUCAAUGUAGCUGGCAUCUCGCAAUAAGCAGAAUCGAAGAGCAAGCCAUUGAUACCACCAGUUUUGGACAUGCCGAAGAAAGGUCCGAUUGGACCGGCGGUUUCGUGUUUCACUUUGAACAUGAGGGCACCUCUCGCUUAGACGCAAGCGAAACCUUGACUGCGGCUAAAACUCAUGAUGUCAACAAAUAGAAGCAGAGCGCAGAAAGAAGCUUCCGCGAACAUGUAUCGCAGCAUCAUCAACCUCCCGCUUACAGUGCGGCAUUUCCCUUUUGGUCAUUGUGCACCGUCUUUGAGGUCAUGCGCCCACUAUCACGAUCCGAAAUCACCUAUUCGAGCCAUUCGAGCUGUCCGCGCAUAGAUCUGUUUAGGGGAAUUAGGGGUUCCGGG